AUGCAUCUCCAAAUCUUCAAUAUAUACAGACCCCCUAGAGAUAGUGCCAAGUUAAAAAUUGAUCAUAUUUUUGCAGCUGUUGAAAAUGCGCCUUCAGUUUUAUGCGGAGAUUUCAACGCCCAUCUCAUUAUCUGGAAUGAUCCAACCUCUAACUCUGUGAACAGAACAUGCAGAACAGGACAAUACCUAGCUCACUUGCUCCACAGUUUCCCGAAUGUAUCUCUGCUCAACUCAAAGACUCAGACCCAUAUUAGCCACCUCCUCUCAUCCCUAGAAUUAAUUGAUGAAUGGUCUUCCACUUACACUCCAGCCGAAGAUCUAGAUUCUCUAGAAGCAGAUAUUGUAAAAGCCAUUCACGAUGUUGCCAAUGUUUCCAUACCAGUCAUCACAUCAAUCCCAUAUACACGGAAAAAUAAAUGGUUCCACAAUGAUAGAAUUAGAGAACUAAAGCAUCGUCUUCUACAACUCAGGAAAGCUCUCAAGCAACAUCCUUCUCCCACCCUGCUUGAAAAUUAUAGAGCUGCCAUACGUUUAAUAAAAGCAGAGAUCCGCGAAAUCAGGUCAAAAGCCUGGUUACAAUGGUGCGAAUUCAUCAAUGCCCACACAUCUCUUCAAUAUUUGUGGAAGAAGAUCAACAUUGCUGCAGGUAAAUAUAAGAAACAACCAUGCCAUCCUCACGCACAAGAAAUUGCUGAAGACCUGAUCAAAACUUUCAAAGAAAGAGGUGAUUCCAACAUGCUUUCUCCUUCAACCAUAGGAAAACUCACCUCUUUAAAACCUGAAAGACUGGAGAAUAUCACAUUAUCAAUAAACAAAGUUUCCGAGACUGAUAAACCCUUUGCCUUAAAUGAGAUGCAAGCUGCAAUAAAAUCAGGUAUAGACACCGCUCCAGGGAUAGAUAAAAUAUCUUACUCCAUGAUUAAACAUCUCGGUCCUCAAGCUACACAACUAUUGCUGCUUCUAUUCAACAAAUCAUUAGAAGCCGGCCUCCUUCAUAAAGCUUGGAAAGUUUCAGAUAUUCAACCCAUUCCAAAAGCAGGAGCUGAAAAAGCUUUCCGUACAAUAUCUCUCCUUUCCUGCCAUAGCAAGACCAUGGAAAAAGCCAUCUUAAGAAGGCUGAGAUUCUUGACUCCCCGCCGACACAAACACUCUUUCGCCUACUGCAAAGGGUUUGGAACCAGAGACAAUCCUGCCACAGUAUACAGCCUCACAGAUGGUAAGGAUUCCAUUAUCGUGUUUAUCGACCUUGAAAAGGCCUUUGAGCUUGCAAACAGGGAAGCCAUCAGCAGCACUCAAGAGGAAUAA